AAUUACUAAGUAAAAAAAAAUUAAAAAAGAAAAACCCGUUGUUUUGGGUCAAUCAAAAUCCUACUAUACUCUGUCUCUAUAGCCGUCUCAGACAACUCCUAGUCCUUGCCACCUCUCGCAGCCGAACCUCCUCAUCCGUGCCCCAUAUCGGCGCCGGCGCUUCAUGGUUCGCUGUUAUCUGGUGCUACCGAUGAAGAUAAGAGAGAUUGUAGUCCAUGCAGUUCAAGUUGUUCUAAACAAAAAGGAAAGCUUUAGUUACAUCAUACUGCAACUGCUCGUUUAAAUGCAGACAGCAAGUUUUCUAGCGGUUUAGUUUCCAUGAGAUAUUUCUUUCACUGAUCUACAAAGUUAUGUAUACUAGAUUUUUCUCUUCUCUUUCCUCACCUACCAAAGCCCUCAAUCCAAAUUCACCCUUUUUCAGUUACCUCACAAAUACCUUCAAAUUGACUGAAACACAAGCCCUCUCAAUUUCUAAUCGCUUCUCAAGGGUCGUGGCCCUCGAAAAACCCCAAUCAGUGCACAAUUUACUUCAUGAGUAUGGAUUGUCAGAAACUCAGAUCCGAUCUGCGGUUCGUGUCUCUCCCCAGAUCUUGUUUGCUAACAUUAACAAGACCCUCAGGCCAAAGCUUGAAUUUUUUCAACAACUGGGUCUUGCUCUUCCAGACUUGGGUAACUUCAUUUCCAAGAAUUCGACGCUUUUAACUGUUAGUCUGGAAAGAAAAUUGGUUCCCUCAAUUGAAAUUCUUAAGAAAGUUUUGGGGAAUGAUUGGAAUGGUAAAGAUUUAAUUCUAAUUAUGAGCAAAUGUAAUUGGGUUGUUCGGAGAGACCCUCAAACUGGGUUGUUGGGAAACAUUGCAUUCUUGGAAAGCUGUGGAAUUGUUGGUUCUCAGCUCUCUAUGUUGUUGAAGAGGCAGCCUUGGAUUUUUGUUAUGCCAGAACCCCAACUUAGAGACAUUGUUUCGCAGGUUUUGGGUAUGGGUUUCUCAGUGGAUUCGAGGAUGUUGGUCCAUGCACUCUAUACUGUCAGUUGUUUGAGCAAUCAGACAUUUAGAAAAAAGCUGGAUUUGUUUCACAGUUUUGGGUUUUCUGAGAAUGAAUGUAUGGAAAUGUUUAGAAGAGCACCAGGUUUGCUUAGGACUUCUGAGAAGAAGUUAAAGUUUGGAAUUGAUUUCUUCUUGAAUACGGUUAAGUUUGAGAAGUCUGUGUUAGUUUAUAGACCAACUUGUUUGAUGAAUAGCAUGGAGAACAGAGUGAUUCCUAGGUACAAGGUUCUACAGGUUAUAAAGUUGAAAAAAUUACUGAAUAAAGCGCCAAGUUUGAACUGCAUCUUGAAUAUGACAGAGGAUGAAUUCUUGGAGAAGUUUAUAUCGAGAUAUAGAGAUGAUGCAGAGGAACUGUUGGUUGCUUACAAGGGUCAUUUUUUGGAUUCCAGUGAAGAAUCUUGAAAAUAUUAUUCAUGAGAUCCUUAAACCAUGUUUAUUGGAGCAGUAUUUUAUUUUCAAUGAUUUCUGUGCAUCUAGACUAGGAGCCAUCCAAUAUGAGAACAGAACUUAUGUGAGAUGUGGAAGUUCUGUUCAAGCCAACAUCAAGAAUUGAUCUUAUACUGCCAGUUUGUGAAAAUUUUUUGAACUUUGCAUUCUGGCCUUCUCUUUGGACUUUUUAUAUAGCUGUCAGACGAGUCUGGUGGCAUAGUUGCCAUUGAUUAGAAAUUGCUGCCAGCACUGUGUUUUUAGAUAUGUACACAAUCAUCCACAGCUAAUGUGAAUUGUGAAAUCAUAGUCCUUUUUCAUUUCAUGUGAAAAAUUGUUUAGAUGUAAGAGAACAAAGUUAGUCUAUGAAGUUGAAAUUUGCUUGGUUUUGCACAUCAUAAUAUGCAAUUUACUUAUUGUUCU